CGACGGCAGACGUUGAGCCUCCAUUGAUCCGCCCCCCGGUGACAAACUAUGACUCUCUAAUUUCAUAUUUGAGGACGAUUUUCUAAGAACCUCCAAGAUGUUGGGAGGGUUGUUCAUAUACAACCAUAAGGGAGAGGUACUCAUAUCUCGCGUGUACCGUGACGACAUUGGUAGAAAUGCGGUGGACGCUUUCCGGGUGAAUGUGAUCCACGCUCGGCAGCAAGUCCGCUCUCCAGUCACUAACAUUGCUCGUACUAGUUUCUUCCAUAUUAAGAGAGCGAAUAUCUGGGUCGCUGCAGUAACAAAACAGAAUGUCAACGCUUCGCAAGUUUUUGAAUUCCUUCUGAAAAUGCUGGAGGUGAUGAGCAGCUACUUUGGAAAGAUCUCGGAAGAAAAUGUUAAGAACAACUUCGUCCUGAUUUAUGAAUUGCUUGAUGAAAUCCUGGACUUUGGUUAUCCUCAGAAUACUGACACUGGUGUCCUGAAAACAUUCAUUACUCAGCAGGGAAUAAAGACAGCCACAAAGGAAGAACAAUCUCAGAUUACUUCACAGGUCACUGGUCAGAUUGGAUGGCGCCGGGAGGGCAUCAAGUACCGUCGCAACGAGCUCUUCUUGGAUGUUAUUGAAUAUGUUAAUUUGCUGAUGUCUCCUCAGGGGCAGGUGUUGUCUGCUCACGUAGCAGGAAAGGUUGUGAUGAAGAGCUACUUGUCAGGGAUGCCAGAAUGCAAGUUUGGCAUUAAUGACAAGAUUGUCAUGGAUGCCAAGAGAGGUUCAGGUGAUGAGAGUCAGCGAUCGGGAAAGACCAGUAUUGCCAUUGAUGACUGUCAGUUCCACCAGUGUGUGAAGUUGUCCAAGUUUGAGACUGAACAUUCCAUAUCUUUCAUCCCCCCUGAUGGAGAAUUUGAGUUAAUGAGGUACCGCACAACAAAAGAUAUUUCCCUCCCAUUCCGAGUGAUCCCCCUUGUUCGUGAGGUUGGCCGUACUAAGAUGGAGGUGAAAGUAGUCAUCAAGAGUAACUUCAAACCCUCUCUCUUGGCUCAGAAGAUAGAGGUGCGCAUCCCAACUCCACUGAAUACUUCUGGCGUUCAGCUCAUCUGUAUGAAAGGGAAAGCCAAGUACAAGGCUUCUGAAAAUGCUAUUGUUUGGAAGAUCAAGAGAAUGGGAGGUAUGAAGGAAUCCCAGAUUUCUGCUGAGAUUGAAUUGUUGCAAACUGAUACGAAGAAGAAAUGGACCAGACCUCCGAUAUCCAUGAACUUUGAGGUACCGUUUGCCCCAUCUGGCUUCAAGGUUCGCUACCUCAAGGUGUUUGAGUCGAAGCUCAACUAUUCUGACCAUGAUGUAAUCAAAUGGGUGCGCUACAUCGGACGGUCGGGACUCUACGAGACCAGAUGCUAAUGCCAUGUAGCUUGGUUUAUGUCGAGAUCAGUAGUUCAUGGUACUCUGCAGCAUUGCUGUUAUAUUUUUUAUUUUUUAUUUUUAUUAUUAUUAUUAUUAUUUAUUUAUUUUUUGAGAUAGUUAUAUUUGGCUGGCGAGCUAUUCCAUUUAUUUGACCAUAAUUGAAUGAGUUAUAAGUCACCUUUAUCUCUUUUUCGUGCUUUAGAGACAGAACAAAGUAAUAAGCCAUUGAUGUCUAAUUACAUUGUAUCAAGUUAUUUUGUUGUAAAGUAUCAGAAAUUUCUUUUAUUGGUAAAUUAGUGGUCAUAUGUUUUCUUUCUAGUAAUUGUAAAAAAAUUUUAGCAGAUAGAAUAUCAAAGGCAGUGACAGAUUGAGUGAUAUUAUUGGAUCAGAUAAAUCAUAUCCAGAGUGAAAGUUAUCAUUUAUUUUUAAUUUUUAAAAUAAUUUUCCGAAGUUGUUAGCCAAGUUUAAACUGACGUAAGAUGUGUUCACCGAGAACAAUAAGAAGAUAGGAUUAGAGGUUGUUGUUAUUAGUAGUUGUUCAUUAUUUGCAUGUGUAAAUAUAUAUAAUAUACAUUUAUUUAGUCAUUUAAUUUUUAUUUGAAAACUAUAGGUUCAUUUAUCAGUUAUAAUACCAGUGUAGAAUUAGCCAGUGAUGUUGAUAACGACUAUGGACAUUCCCCCCACUUUCGUCUAGCAGUUUUUUGUUUUGUUUUGUCUUUUCCCUUCUGUAUUGUCAUGUAUCUGCGUCAUCAUAUUGUGGAGGAUGUCACAUCCACAGGUGUUCCGUGUUUAUAUGGUAAGGAAAUGAUAGGUGUGAGAAAGAUGGUGGAUUUUGCUAAAUGACUUUGAAAAAGUGUUCUGUCAAAAAUAAUAGAAAAGUCUGUUGUUAUGUUUGUCUGUUUUUGUUGUUGCUACAGUAAACAUUUUGGAGAAUGAAAAUUUUAAUUAUAUAUAUAUAUUUUUUUUUAUUUAAAAGAUUAAUAUUAAUAUUCAAUGAUUUGAAGGAGAAACGUUUGAUCAACAUCUCGAAAGUUACACUUUGAUUUUACAUAGCUUGGUUACUCCCAAGAUUAUUUACAUAAAAUCUCUGUUGCAUGCGUUUUAAUUUAUAUUAAUUGCUUUCUAACAGUGGGCAAAAAAAAAUUACUUUCCAUUCCUUCUAAUUGGGCUUUAAGGCAUCUUCUCCUUAACAUUAGAUUUUUUUAUUUAUUUAUUAAUUUUCUUUUUGUUUGUUUUUGCUUUGGCAUGGUAAGACAUAGCUUUGGUGUAAUGUGACUAAAAUUAUGAGCAGUGGAAGUUUGGCUGAUACCUUUUAACAGGUAACCUCUACUCUCUGUUGGCCAGGCAGUUUUAUCAAUUCUUAGUCAUUAUUAUUAUCAUUACUAUUAUUUUAAUUUCAUUAAUUUGAACAAGAAUGAACAAAAGAGUAGAUCCUUAGAUAUAUAAAAUACAAAAGACUAGAACCUUUUCUAAAUGCAUUUGUAAGAUUCAUCAUACAAAAUGGUUAUAUAUAUCAUUAUUUGACUUUAGUGCCCAUGAAUCAGAAUUCAGGGUAAUUAUACAUUACUUAUCACAUGAUAAUUCCAAUAGUUGCAGUUUAUUAUGAAAAAUUUCUCCUCUGAUAAGACAAAAGAAAAAGUUGCAUGGUUCUUGCCUGGUCAGCAUGAAUUCUGCCACACUGUCGAGUCCCGGCUGGCCGAUGUUGUGCGCCCAGGUGAUGACGUCAUGGUCUAUUUAAGUUUCAGGAUGGCAAUGAUUUUAUUAUAAUUAUUAUAAUUAUUACUGCAUUUUCCAAAAUUGCCCCCACCACCUUCCAAGUGUGUUGAUUCAUCUCAUAAGUGUGGGGUUGGCAUAACCUGGCUCGUGACCCCCCUUCUCCCUCUACCAUCACCACCUUGUUUUGAUGGACCUCAGCCUUGAUUUACAACCGCUGGUCAUGUAGUUUUAGAGGAACAAAAGUACUCCUCAAUGUCUUGUGCCUUUUAUUAUGAUCCUUAAUGUGGUGAUGUAAAGUCUGUGGGUGUGAUGACUUGAAUGUGCAAAUUUGUUAUGCCAUAGAUUUGGAGGGAAGGUUUCCAUGGAAUAAAUACUAUUGAUUAUUCUAAAACUCAUCUGAAUCAUUUAACAAAGAAAGUUAAGUUCAUAUCUCUAAGAAAAGAAUAUGGAUGAUGGUUUUGGAACUUGACAAAAUUAUUGUAUUAUGCUAUUGCUAAAGGAGUAUUGAUAAUUUGUAAGUAACCACUUCUAAAUCUAGUAGUAGUAUUUAACAUAAUUUUCUUGCAUUUUCUGUGAAACCUUAUGAAUCAUUUAAUAAUUUAAGUCAAUAUUUUGGUCGUAAUUCUGAUUCUAUUUCAGUAGUAAAUAAUAGUAAUAUCAUAAGAAAUGUAAAAAAAAAAAAAAAAAAAAAAAAAAAAAUUGUAUAUAACAAAAUGUUUCUUUUCAAAUAAAAGUACUACUAGUUUUAUGAUGAACAAGUAGAAUUAAGGGAUUACUGUGAUCUUACCAAUUAUUUCUGAAGAUAAGAAAUCCAGGAUAUAAGCAGAUGUUAAGUGUUAAAGUGAACAAGUGAAUUACUGAAUCAGUUUUCUUCAACUGGAACUCGUAUAUUGAGCGGAUGAAUGAUCGCCAAGAUUUUAUACAAAGAAGAAUGCCAAGACUAGUACAUAACCUUGGCUAUGUAGUCUUUUUCUCUUGAAAUUUGAUGCAAAAGUGAAUUGCAAAUUUUCUUUCAUUAAAGCUUUGAUACUGAUGAUGUACAGUGUUAAAUAACAAUAGGAAUGAAUGUUGCUCAUUAGAGUCAAAUAAAAUUAGAUGCAUUAGAAAAGUGAAAAAGAAAAGAAAAAAAUCAAAUUAAAUAUCUGUUAAAAUCUUUGAGGAAUACUUUCCUCUUUGGAAAUGUGUUUACUAAUUUGACUUCCUGAAAGUUUUUCAGAUUUUUAACCUUCUCAAGCAAAAAUGCUACAAAAUUAUAUCCUCUGACUGGUGUGGCUUUCUCUUUCUUACUAAUAUAAAUACUAAUAGGUAAUUAGGCAAACAGGUAGACUUGGUGUUUGCUUUGCAUGGGAAAUUCUUAUUAGUGGAGAGACUUGCUUUUUGAAAUUUAGAUCAUACUUCUCGUAAGGAAAGGCUGAUUGUAGUUCUGCUUUAAUGGUUACAGAAAAUACAUCCAUAGCAGGCCAUACUUCCAUCUUUUAUAUAUACAGAUGUAAUAAAAUAAUAUGCCAUGAGGAAUACAAGGACAGGCAGACCCAACGCAGACAAGAACUUGAAUUUACAUGCCAAUAUUCAGCAUAUGCACAUUAUUUAUUUUGAAGUUCUCAGCUUAUGAAGUUUGCAUACAUAAACAAAACAUCCAUGACAGAAUUUAUCACAAGACAUUAUCAUCCAAUGUACUCAUUUCAGGAAACAAGAUUUUCUGUGUC